CGUCAUAAAAUUGAUAAACAACCAAUAGCAGAAAAAUUGUAGCUAGUAUUUCAAACCAUGCUGCAAACUAUGGAUUCGUUUCAUUUCGUAGAUUUCUCACAGUUUCUCACCGUCAGCCAUGGCCGAUGAUUCUGAAUUCGCCGGUAAAGUUCCUCCGAAUGCUGGUUCUCAAGGGUUCAACCCAGGCUUAAUAGUUCUACUUGUUGUUGGUGGGUUGCUAUUGACAUUCCUGAUUGGAAACAUUGUGCUCUACACUUAUGCACAGAAGAUCAUUCCUCCUAGGAAAAAGAAGCCUGUCUCAAAGAAGAAGAUCAAAAAGGAGAGACUGAGGCAAGGAGUCUCUGCACCUGGAGAGUAGAGGCAAUGGACUCAAAUGUUCUAUAAAUUGUGGAUUACCCUGUACUUUUAAAAGACCGUGUGUUCUCUGGUAUUUUAAGUUAAUUUUCAUGUUUCCAUCAUGUAUGUUUUCAUGUUUCCAUCGUGUACGUUUUUGGAGAAAAUUUAAUAUUAGUCAGUGCUUUAGCAACGUA